UACACUGCGAAAGGAGCCGGCAAAGUGUAAACUAAAAUAUUAUAUUGAAAUAUUUUAUGCGCAGUAGAGACGCCGCUUGCCAAUUCUAGCGUGGAAAGAUGGCACAAACGAGCUCCAUGAAGUUGCUGGGCGCCCGCAACAUGUCCUGCAUUGUGGAGCGCAUGGAGUGGAACAACAAGAUGGAUCUAAUUGCCUACGGAACGGAAAAGGGUGAGGUGGUCAUCCAGCGUCUGAACUGGCAGAAGAUUGUCACAUUUCCCACGCCCGGCGAGGAUGUGCGGGUGCGUUCGCUCAGCUGGCAAAUGGACGAGACACUACUGGCGGUUGGCUACAGCAACGGCAAGGUGGCGCUACUGGACGCCGAGAGCGGAACGAUCAUAUCAGGCCUCAUUUACGAGGACGACAUCAAGAAGGUCUACUUCAGCAAGGCCAUCAACUCGAAGGAGAACCUAGGAACGUACACAUGUAAUGUCAAGGAUAAACACCGAAAGUUCCUGCCCAAGCUGCAGCCAAUGACCAAUAUUGAUCCAUGCCUGAAAACCCUGGACCAAAAGUCCUUUCCAAAGGGAUCGCCUUGCUUUCUGGUGGUGAUAAUGCGCAGCGGCAAAGUGCACCUACUGCUUCUGGGAGCCCUGCAGGCGGGCAGCAUCGAUCUCACCCAGCACAUUCUGCAUCCGCAGGAGUUCGAUGUGUACGAUGUGAGGAUGAACGGAGACUGUAAUGCCAUUUAUGCGCUUUUGCGGGACGGUCAGGAGCUGAUAUUGCUGCACUUUCAAAACCAGGUGCUGCAGGAUUGCAUGGCACCCAUGCUGGAGCUGGCAACGCAUUGUGCCCACAUCCUGGAAACGAAGAACUAUAUUAAUGACACGCAACAAUGUUUGACGGAGGCAUGGGAGACCGUGCAGUUGGAAAUGGACAAUAAGCUGACCAGGUACGCCAAUUCCCAGCCGUACGGAGUGAUAUCUGCGCAUUUUUUGGAGCUGCACGUCUUUGGAUUCGCUACCUUCGAGGUAGAAGAGUUUUUGUUCGAGACUCUUUCCGAGAAGGGGUUUAAGAAGAUUGCCAACUCGGUGGACCUCAGUCUAAGCAAUCUGCAGAGCCUAGUGUUCAAGCAACUGAAUGGAGCCGCCAUCAACAUGUUCUAUUUCCUCAACACAAUUGCGGGAUUCGGUCGCAUGUCGCACUUCUUUGAGUCCCUAAUAUCUCCGGAUGUGGCCAACGAAGCGAUGCGAGCUUGUGGAGCAUUUGUGCUCAAAGUACACGAGCUGCAGCGAACAAUCGACACGUUGGCGUACGACAUGAAGCUCUUUCACGCCUGGAUGAUAUUCACAAUACUCCGGCUGUCGCAUCAAGAGAUUCCCGAUGACCUGGUGCUAACCGAGGAGGAGAACAUUGCCAUGGCCGACUUCAUCUGCGCCAUGGAACCGGAAUUGGACGAUCGCAGCGAUGAUGAGGAUGAACUGGAUUCGCAAUCCGAAACGCCACCGCCCGCGCGCAGCAAAUUCAAUUUGGAACGGGUGGGCCAGUAUCUGGACAAUGCCUACCUCACACAGCCCUAUCCCAGGGAUCCAACCCAGCUGUGGGAGGAGAUGGUAACCGAAAACGAAUGCCUCAGCCACUGUAAACUGUUUGUCCCCCACGACACGAACCUGUCGCUUGUGCAGCAGCGCGACAAGAUGUUCAAUGCCAUCGAUGCCGUAUUCCACAAGCCAACGGAGAGCAUAAGCGGAAGUUUCAAGGUCUCCUCGACGGUGAUAUGCAACGACCUGCCGCCCAUGGAGCCCGGCGAGGACCUCAGGGACAAGGAUAUCGUCACCUGCAGCUACUACGUUAACGAAGCGGCCAGGAGCGACAUGUUGGCCUGCACUAUCAGCGGGCAGGAGGCCAUGAUACUCGAGUUUAGUCGAGCGGGCGAUGACAGCGUGCGCUGCACUAGAAUUACACUGGAGCCAGGAUUAUUUACAACAUCCGUGCCCGAAGAUUUCUGUUACCUGCGCUUCGUCGACCUGCAGUUCUACAAUGAAUCUUCACUAUCGAUACUGGCCCAGUCCAUAAAUGCGGGACCUGGCAUGCGACCGCAUAGCUUCUUUAUACAAUUCUCACUGACCGCGGCGCUGAAUUACAGCACACAGCACCGAAUGGGACCUCUGGUCAAGCUGAGCGAGACUACUAUGUCGCAAAGCAUCCAUGACAUAGUCGAUGGCGCCGCCUUCAAGGGACUGGACGGAUUUAGCGACAUGUUGGCCGUCUCGGGCAGCAGGAAGGUGGCCACCGUUCUCUCAGAUCGCAAGCGCAAGAUGACCAUUUUCGAGAUGGAAAUCGAGGAGGAGGAGGACGACACGGAGAUGUCGCAGGCCUCGUUUCUGGACAUCAGCAAGGAGUCGGUGCUGGCUGGCGUUCCCGAUGCGGAGAAACAGGAGGCGUAGUCUUUAAUCUUUUGAAUUUAAAUUAAAUGGAUUGUUGUGUGAUAACUUAA